GUAGCCCCACCCCUGGCGCUCCAUGUGCGGAGCGUGAGGCCGGUUCCGCCUCCCGCGGCCAGUCCCUCUCUGGAGCUGAAAAUGGCUGCUGUCACGGGGGCGCUAGGAAGGUUACUGAGGCCCUCGGUCUUCCCCUGGAGGGCGUGCGCCGCUGCCGGAAGGUGCCUUACAGCCGCCGCGGCUGCAGGAGGGCGGAAGUGCGCGGACGGUGCGGCGCCCGCUUUUCCUCGGCGGCAUUUCAGCACUAGUUCUUCAAGGUUUGUUCCUGCUGUCACCCAGCAUGCUCCCUAUUUCAAGGGUACAGCUGUGGUUAAUGGGGAUUUCAAAGAGCUGAGUUUAGAUGACUUUAAAGGAAAAUAUCUGGUUCUUUUCUUCUACCCUUUGGACUUCACGUUCGUGUGCCCAACAGAGAUUGUCGCCUUCAGCGACAAAGCUAACGAAUUCCAUCAGGUGAACUGCGAGGUAGUUGGUGUGUCGGUGGAUUCUCACUUUACUCACCUCGCCUGGAUAAAUACACCACGAAAGAAUGGCGGCUUGGGGCACAUGAAUAUCCCACUUCUGUCAGACUUAACGAAACAGAUCUCUCGAGAUUAUGGUGUGCUUUUGGAAGGGCCUGGUCUUGCAUUAAGGGGUCUUUUUUUAAUUGAUCCUAAUGGAAUUAUCAAGCACUUGAGCAUCAAUGACCUCCCUGUUGGUCGAAGCGUAGAGGAAACACUUCGCUUGGUGAAGGCGUUCCAGUUUGUAGAAACGCAUGGAGAAGUCUGUCCAGCAGAUUGGACUCCACAUUCCCCCACGAUCAAGCCAAAUCCAGAAGAAUCAAAGGAGUAUUUUGAGAAAGUAAAUAAGUAAGAUCAUGAGUAAUAAUGAGGUAGAAGUAGACUACAUUUCCUCCAAACAAAGCUGACUUCCAGAAAGAGCAACUAUGAUUGUAAUAAAACUUUAAAAUUAUUUUAA